CAAGUGUUCUGCAGACCCGAAUGGCGUCACCUCAUUGGCCGAGAGCCUAUCAAUCAUGCCUUUAGCCGCACCCCUCCCCCCAUUCAACCACUCGCCUCUCUGUUCCAGUGUGUUUACUACACUGCCGAGCAUAAGGGAGACACUCGUCUUCACAUGCACUGAAACCACAGAGAAAAACAGUUUUUAGUUGUAUUUGUAAGAAAACCUACAAGAGAUCAACAUGCCCAAGAGAAAGUCACAGGGAACAGAAGGAGGCGAAAAGGAGGAGCCCCAGAGGAGAUCAGCUCGGUUAUCAGCGAAACCGGCCCAACCCAAGCCGGAGCCAAAGGCCAAGAAGGCAGCAAAGAAAGAAAAGGCUGUGAAUGAUAAGAAGGAGGACAAGAAAACCAAGAAGGCGAAGGAGAACGCAGAGGCAGAGGCAAACGAGGAAAACCACUCUGAGAACGGAGAGGCCAAGACCAACGAGGUGGAGGCAGCCCCCGAGGAGGCCAAGGAGGAGGCCAAGUCCGAGUAGCACCACUGCCCAAGCUUCCUCCUCCUCUACAAACCCCUCCCUUCCCCUGAACCCCCAGCCAGCCAGCCAGCCCCCCCAAGUCUCUCACAUGGUUUCCCUCCAAGGCGUAUUGUUAACAGAGGAAUAUUUUUAUCAAUGAUUUUAUAAGUAUCCGUACAGAUUUUUAGCACAAAAAGCAAAGCUGAUUAUGGAGCGCCUUGCAGAUUUGCAGUGGUCAUAUCAAGUGUCUGCAAGCAAGAUGAACACACUAAAAUCUUUUUUAAAUGGCAUUUCAUGAUUGUUGAAGGCUUGUGUGGUGUAGAAAGUGUGUCCCUGCCGGAUUGGCUAUGUUGUGAGUUGUGUAUUCCUGUGUUUUUCCUCCUUCCCCCAAUCUCCCACCCUCCUCCCCUCUUCCUCCACAGAUUAGACCUUCCUCCCCCCUACAGUUCAGCCUUUAUCCAUGUUUUAUUAACGGUUCAGCCAUGUUAAUGUGGGUGAUUCUUUUAGACCUCUAAAUGUGCAGUGAGUUCCCUUUGCUUCUGUCUCUUGUUUUUUUGUUUUUUUUUUUCAUUGAAAUCGUGUUUUAAAAAAAAAAACAGCGUGUUGAAGUGUGUUGUCCAUAAGAAAGAGGAAGACGAACAUGUGAAACAUUCCGGGAACAGCGAUUGCCUCCAACCUGUCUCCUAGACGACCCUGCGUGUAAAACAGCUCCUGCUCCAUCCACGCUGUCACGUCAGCUUUUCUAAACACUCUGGUUUUUUUAAAACAAUCAAAUUUGGAAACCUUCUCUGACAAAUGCAGGUGUCUGAUCCCUCUCUUAUGUUCUGAAAUUCUCUUAAUAAAACGAAGUCCUGGGAAUUUUCCUCGAA